GGAAAAAAAAAGAGAAAGAGAGAGAGAGAAAAAAACCCUCCCCACCAGUGUGAGAGACUGAGACGGUGACAGACCUCAGCUCAGUCCUGCGGCUCCCAUUGGCUGGCAGUUUGUACAAAAUCUAAGUCAAACCACUUCACUCACAACACACCAACAAAUCCUAAAGGCGUACAUGCAGCCUCCUCCAUCACUCCGCCGCUGUCGCAUCGCUUCAAACCCUGAUGCAGGCGCUCGACGUUUAACUUUUAUCUGCUCUGUUGUUCUGCUGCUGAAGAAAGCUGCUCCUCUUUCUGCUCCUGCCUGGUUCGGUGAUAUUUGUUUUAUCCGUCAGGACGUCUUUGAUUUGUGCUGCUGAGUUUUGUUAUUUCACCAGGAGGAAACCAAGCAGACAAAGAACUUUCCACUCGCCAAUACCAGGGUGGCCGAAAGCGGACCACACAGCGACAAGAGGACACCAAGUACUCCACGGGAGCUCCAUCAGUUUUCAAAAUUUUCUCCAACUUCAGCCCUCAGACAAACAUUAGCAUGAUGUCGUAUCUAAAGCAACCACCUUACACAGUCAAUGGCCUCAGCUUAACUACUUCCGGAAUGGAUCUUUUACAUCCAUCGGUGGGCUAUCCAGCCACGCCACGGAAGCAGAGGCGAGAACGGACUACUUUUACGCGCGCACAGCUCGACGUGUUGGAGGCGUUGUUUGCCAAAACCCGGUAUCCGGACAUAUUCAUGCGCGAAGAGGUGGCGCUGAAAAUCAAUCUACCUGAAUCCCGAGUGCAGGUCUGGUUUAAGAACAGGCGGGCAAAGUGUCGCCAGCAGCAGCAACAGCAGCAGAACGGGGGCCAGAACAAGGUGCGACCAGCCAAAAAGAAAAGUUCCCCAACUAGAGAAGUGAGCUCGGAGAGCGGGGCCAGCGGCCAGUUCACUCCCCCCACCAGCACCACCACAGUCCCCGCCGUCUCAACCAGCACCGCCCCAGUGUCCAUCUGGAGUCCGGCGUCCAUCUCUCCUCUCUCAGACCCCCUAUCUACCUCCUCCUCCUGCAUGCAGAGGUCCUACCCCAUGACCUACACCCAGGCCUCGGGCUACAGCCAGGGCUACGCUGGGUCGACGUCCUACUUCGGGGGUAUGGACUGCGGCUCUUACCUCACUCCCAUGCACCACCAGUUGUCAGGCCCGGGGUCGACUCUCAGUCCGAUGAGCACAAACGCGGUCACAAGCCAUCUGAACCAGUCCCCGGCGUCCCUCUCCACCCAGGGCUACGGGACGUCCGGCCUGGGCUUCAACUCCACAGCAGACUGCUUGGAUUAUAAGGACCAAGCGGCGUCGUGGAAGCUGAACUUCAAUGCCGAUUGCUUGGAUUAUAAGGAUCAAACAUCCUCUUGGAAAUUCCAGGUCCUGUGAACAGAGCAAUCAUCUGCUAAAAAAAAACAACAAAAAAAACAAAAAAAAAAGUGCACAAACAGUGACGAUCACACGAGACACAGCGCCGCCAUCCCUCAGUAAAACACAUCAGACUGGUCAAAACGUGAGCCCGGCGCGGCGAGCCAGGGCUUUCAAGGGUCUCAAAGUUUUUUGGCAUGACGGUCUCUAGUCCUCCUAGAUGAGAGGUUUAAUUUAUUUUAGCACUGGCAAAGAGAUUUUUCCCCUCCCCUGUUCAUUAACAGGUUUUAGCCCCUCAUCCACGUCUGUCAGUGUGUGCCUCUAUGCGUAAAAAACACCUGUUGAGGACCACGGAGUGGACUCUGAAAGAAAAAGAAAAGCCACAGCCACGGAACUAAAACUCAAGAACAAAAGCUGACUCUCCUGCUGAAGUGCUCGGGAUGGACAGACCUCCUUAAAUCUUCUUAACACAACUUUGCCGGCCUGCUGGCAGAGGGACGACGAGGGUGGCGUGUGUGGACAUGGAUGCACUACUUUAUUUAAGAAAAAAAAGUGUUUAUAAGGAAUCAAUAUGUAGUUUCUAAGAGACAAUCAGUGUGCGUCUUAUAUAAAUGGUACAUAUGUGUUUUUUUUAUCUGUGCUAGCCUUCGAAACUGUGAUCUGUUGUAUUGUAUGCAAUUUGUGAGCCCCCCUCGCAUCAGACUCUCUGCUGUGAUUUUAAUAGAUUUCUAACUUCUUCUUUUUUUUCUCUCUCUCCGUUGAACGACGAAAGAUGCUAAUGGUUACGUUAUCGCGUCGCAAAGAGACACGAGACUUUCCAAGCACAUGGUGUGGUAGUAAUAAUCAAGGGUUAGCCAUACUGGAAAAGACUCUCGCCCGCUGAGAGCUCUACACUUGCUCCCCUCCAUUGAUCUCAACACACGGUGAUUGUGGAUCCUUCACUGGCUCCAAAGAUGGUGUGACCUCACCGCUGAAAAGACAUGAAUAAAGGUCCUGUGAGCUCACUCUUUCACCAAGAGAC